GCCAGAUAAGUUGAUUCAACCGUGAUGAUAGCUGCUGAGUUGCAUGUGACAAUAUUUGCAGUGAACAACACGGUACACAUAGCAUCAACUUUAUAAAUUAAGGCGUUUUUGGGGUCUAAAAAGGAGAAAGGGAAGCGGAGAGAAUUAUAGAUGAUGUCACAAGAUAAAGAAUCGAGAACUUUUUUUGAAUUAAUCUUGAAAUAUUUUCUACCCAUGCACGUGAUAGAGAACGAAAAAGUGAAAAACAGAGUCCGCGUGGAUUUAACAAAAGCCAUCCUUGAUGCAGAAAUGGAAAAAAAUUCCUUGCCGGUGACACAAAACCAAUAUGAAGUUAGUUCCGGAAGUCGCUUGGAUGGCUUGUCAGUGCCGGACCACUUACUUCUUUUAUCUGCAGGUUCUGAAGAUGAUUCCAGAUGGUCCUACGAGGUUGCAGACAUGGAUGAUAUGAUGGUUAUUGACAACCUCAUUUUUAGCAAAGAUGGUGUCUCCAAGAGUAGAAUAUUUGAUACAGAACCUACCAGUAACCCGCUAUAUAUACGACUUCGUCUUACGAAAGAAUAUGUCAAACUUGGAAAAAGAGAAGGCCACGCUCUAUCUAGGAGUGAGUAUAUAGGAACUCGGGUAGUGACGGACACUGCAAUGGAUACAAUGCCUUUAAACACAAAAAUUAUGCCGGAUUCUCCGGGUACGCAAGUGACAGAUAUACAUGGGCCAGCUGCUUCAUCCGUGACUGCCCUUCCUAGUUCAAUUGCUAAACUUCGGCUAACAAUGACACUCGACAAAGUCCUAGCAUUCAGUCAUAACCUGUGGCCAGCAGAAGAAUGGGUGCACAGACACCGAAAAAGCGGCUGGCCAGAUAAAAGUUUGGUCUAUCAAUGUGUUUCAGCCGGAUGCUUCAUAGUUCCCGUUGGUCCGGGGGGAGUCCAAGGUCUAGAAUGGCGCUAUUCGUUCACUGCCCAGGAAAGACUUUUGGCGAACUCGUUAACUUUGUUGCAGAGGAAAGUGUACAUUAUUAUGAAGCUUAUUCAGCGUCAUUGUGUCCUUGAAGAAUUCCCUAGCACUGCUCUCAGUUCCUAUCAUUUGAAAAAUGUGUUUUUCUGGCUAUGUGAAAAAAUCCCUCGUAGUCACUGGGCCGAAGCAAAUAUAUAUCACCUAUUAAUCACAUUUCUUGACGAAAUGCUGGGUUGUCUUGUUCGGGGAUGUUUACCGCAUUAUUUUGUGGCAGAGGCCAAUCUUUUCGCUCGCGUGCCCAAAGCACAUCUCCGCCAACUUGCCCGUUCCGUUAAAAAAUCGAGAAAUAAUAUGUUUGUGGUACUAGGCACUUUGAGCAUUAAGGUCAAGUUUAUUGACAUCUAUGAUGCCAGAAGCCCUAUGUUUCUUUUCAUUCAAUCACGACAAAGUCAACCCAAGGCGUCUUUGCAGCAAAUUCUGGUUUCAACCGUAGGCGCCUUAACAGACGAUUAUAUUCGCCUGAUCAGACAUUGGCUUGGUGAGAUCAAGGCAGGCCAAGCUAAACAACUGGAUGCAAAGGAUAACGAAGAAAAAGAUCGAAACACGUUGAGCGCUCUGCCUACCCCUACGUCGCCGGAAAAUGGACUGCAACAACCAAAAGAUGGAGCUUCGGAAACUGAACGGGAAUGGAUCCAUUACCAAGGACUGUAUCACAUCGCCCUUAAUAACCUGACUGAGUGUCUUCAGCUGGCAGUAUGUGACAUGGAUAUGUUAAGGAUGAAUACAGCAUGUCAGCCCCAACACACGAGGGAAUUCCUGUUGACAGUGAUGAUGAAAUAUAUGGCAACUCAUUCCCUAGAGCCAAGCAUCGUGGUGUGGAUCCUUUCAUACAUUAACCUCAAAACUGAAGUGCAUGUGGACGUGAAGUCUACUUUGGAGAAUUCGCUUGCACUCUAUGAAAAGGAUGACCCCACAGCGCUCACACGCGAGGAAUACCAAACGUGGAAAUUAAGUGUAUCCACUGCUGCCGACCACCCCGUAGUCUCGGAAUGUCUGCCAAACGCAGAAUGGCAAAAGCGAAUUAUCAUGACCAUUGAUCCAAAAUUUGUUAAAUCUAUUAUAAAGGAAUACUUAUAACCAAAAGAUAAAUAUAUCUAUUAUCACGAGGAAUAGAUAUUGAUUUUUAGAAGAAAUAUAGCUGGCUAACACUCGUGUAUGACAGAGAGCGGCUUGGAUUGAAGCAAUUAAUUUUGUAUGUGUAAAUAACGAAAGUUUUAUGUUGAAUCAGUUACAUGUAAAUUGUUUUAAAUGGUCAUCAAAAAACUAGUUCAUUAACUUUAUUUAUUAAUUUGUAGGGUGACAAGCUAUUAGUAACAUUCUGAUUUUAUUCAUAUGCUAAUGAAGAUUAAUGCAGUGUGUGUGUGUGUGUGUGUGUGUGUGUGUGUGUGCAUGCGCGCGUGUGUGUAUGUGUGUGAAAUGGUGUGCCAUAUCUGUUAUGUUUAAAAUCACCAUCAUUAUCAGGCAAAAGUGUUAUCACGCACAGCACGAAGAUAAACGUUACAUUCUGCCAAACGCAGAAUGGCAUAAGCAAAUGAUCAUGGGCACUGAUUCAAAUCUUCUUAAUUGGAUCUUAAAAGGUGUGCUGAAAGCUUUCAGAGGAAUAGAUAUUGAUAUUUAGACUGAAUAUACUGUAGUUAGAUGGUCAACAUUCAUAUAUACAUGUAACAGAGACCGCCUUGGGUUUAAACAAUUCCUUUUGUAUAUAAGUAACAAAAGUUGUAUCAGUUUCUUUAAAGUUGACAUUUGUGCUAAAAUUGAUAGUUCAUGAACAUCGUUUUUUAUGGAUAGGAUGAAAAGCUAUUUUGAUAAUUUAACAAAUGGUCACAAAAAUUGGUUAUAAGUCCAUGUAUGUAUGCACAUGUGACAUGGUGUUUCAUAUCUGUUAUUUUUAAUAUCACCAUUGUCUGGCAGAAGCGUAACUGGGUUAAAUAAUUGGUUUAUUGCAUUGUGAGUAAAGUGUCUCUUUAGUUUGAAGUGUCUUAUCUACUGACGAAUGGCCCUCACGUAGGCCUUUAUGAACGCAUGCUAUUCUUAAGGAGAUUGCAUACAAUUUAUUCAGUAUUGUAUGAUAAUAGUAAUGAUAACGGAGUCCAAAGUUAAGUUAUCGGUAGAAGAUUAAGUACAUUCGAUGUGUCAUAUUUGAGUUUGAUACUUAAUGGAUAAAUUCAACAUUUAUUUUUCUUUUCUUUUCUAUAACACAAAACAGCACAAAUUAAUACUACACUCAAUGUAUUGUAUUAUUUGUUACUGAAUUCCAAUUGAAAGAAAUAAAACCGACUCCCUUCUCCUAUCGGCCGGGCUAGUCGGCAAAUUAG